AUGUUGGCGGUCGCCGCGGUUGCUAGCCACGUGCUAGCGGGCACUGCUAGCGGCCGCAGCGGGCGAUGCUGGCGGGCGCUGAAGGCGGCCGCUAGCCACGUGUUGGUGGCCAUCGUGGGCGUUGCAGACGGCCGCCGCGGGCGCUAUAGGCGGUCGCCGCGGGCACUGCAAGCGGCCGCCAGCCGCGUGCAACCACGUGCUGUGUCGGCCGCCAGUCAUUGCCGACGUCGGGAAGAGAAGGGAAGAGGGAGAAAGAGAGAACAUAGCCUUUUGGCAUUAAGGGUGCAGCGUCCAAACUCUAUGGAGGCUGAAAGCAGCGCUAAUUCCUUGUCUUCCCACUCCCCCGCGUCCUCCUCUUCCUCCCCGCGCGGUGGCGAAGCUGCCGGCGCCGCCGCGAAGCGGCGGCGCCACCAGAGCGACCACCCGGUGUACCGCGGCGUCCGGAUGCGGAACUGGGGGAAGUGGGUGUCAGAGAUCCGGGAGCCGCGCAAGAAGUCGCGCAUCUGGCUGGGUACGUUCCCGACGCCGGAGAUGGCGGCUCGGGCGCACGACGCGGCCGCCCUUAGCCUUAAGGGCGCCGCCGCGGUGCUCAACUUCCCGGACCUCGCCGGCUCGCUCCCGCGCCCGGCGACGCUGUCCCCUCGCGACGUGCAGGCCGCGGCUGCCAAGGCCGCGGCGAUGGACCCCAGUGCCGGCGCAGCGGCCUUGGAAUCGUCGCCGGAGGAUUGCGACGACCUAGGCCAGAUCAUCGAACUGCCGAAGCUGGGCGAAGGGUGCAGGAUGCUCGACUCGGCCUAUUCUGGCGGCGAGUUCCUGUUCGACUCGUGCGCGUGGUGGCUGCCAUGGUCUGAGACAGAGGAUCCGACGGAUACUUUUCCUCCGACCACCGUCGAAACCCUUCUACAUGAAUAGAUGCUUAUCAUUCAAACGCCCAUUAUUAUUAUUAUAAAGAAAAAUUCGGGCUCUUCCUCUUAGGCUUUAACUUUAUCUGGCUUUCUUAAUUAUAUGUAUAUAAAUCUCCAUUUCUUGUCCCAAUUAGCUUUAAGCAAGUGACAACAUAAUAUUUGGGGAAG